UUGUCGAAUGUUGCGUCAAUCAGUGUACUGUGUUUGGAGCAUCGGAGAGCAUUCGCCUCCUCAGUGCUGAUGCGAGCAAGGAUAGCUAUCCCUGCUCCCUAGCACCGACGCAGGCAAAGAGAGGCUCCGCAUGUUAGCUCCACACAAUGCCAUUUGUAUUUAAUAGCGUCUUAUAGCAAAGAGAACAGGGAGACGAGGUGUGAAAGAACUACCGAUCCCAAAUCGAACGAGCGAAACAGCAACCUAAUCGGGCUGGGGAAGACAGGGCACUGCUGGUGUCGGUGCUUAAAAAAAAGAGACACAGUAACCCAUUUAACGCCUUGGUGAACCUCGGUGUAAACCUUAAGCAGACCAUGUCAACCUCGGGAAAGGAAGGUAGCGCCCAACUUGCCAAUUACGUGGGACCCUACCGCUUGGAAAAGACCCUAGGAAAAGGGCAGACAGGUCUGGUGAAGUUAGGAGUUCACUGUGUAACAUGUCAGAAAAUGGCCAUAAAGAUUGUCAACCGGGAGAAGCUCAGCGAGUCUGUCCUAAUGAAGGUGGAACGAGAAAUAGCAAUUUUGAAGCUGAUCGAGCAUCCACAUGUUUUAAAACUACACGAUGUUUAUGAAAAUAAGAAAUACUUGUAUCUGGUGCUGGAGCAUGUCUCUGGGGGAGAGUUGUUUGACUACCUGGUCAAGAAGGGCCGUCUGACUCCCAAGGAAUCCCGCAAAUUCUUCAGACAGAUCAUCUCUGCCCUGGACUUUUGCCACAGCCACUCCAUAUGUCACCGGGAUCUAAAGCCAGAGAACCUGCUGCUGGACGAGAAGAACAACAUCCGUGUGGCUGAUUUCGGCAUGGCUUCCCUGCAGGUUGGCGACAGUCUCCUGGAGACCAGCUGUGGAUCCCCUCACUAUGCUAGCCCAGAGGUCAUAAGGGGAGAGAAGUAUGAUGGUCGGAAGGCUGAUGUCUGGAGUUGUGGCGUCAUUCUCUUCGCACUUUUAGUGGGUGCGCUGCCGUUUGACGAUGAUAACCUGCGGAACCUUCUGGAGAAGGUGAAACUGGGCGUGUUCCACAUGCCCCACUUCAUCCCGCCAGAUUGCCAGAACCUGCUGAAGGGAAUGAUUGAGGUGGACGCCGACAAGAGACUCACGUUGGACCAGAUUCAGAAGCACGCCUGGUACUUAGCCGGUAAGAGCGAGCCAGAACCCCAUCCGCCCGUGCAGCGUAAGGUAGCCAUGCGGUCGCUCCCGGCGAUGGAGGACAUCGAUCCGGACGUGCUGGAGAGCAUGCACUCUCUGGGCUGCUUCAGGGACAAGAGCAAACUCGUCAAUGACCUGCUGGAUGAGGAUGACAACCAGGAGAAGAUGAUCUAUUUUAUGCUUCUGGACCGAAAAGAGCGUUUUCCCAGUCAAGCAGACCAGAACCUUCCGCCCCGCACCGACGUUGAUCCUCCGCGUAAGCGUGUGGACUCCCCCAUGUUGACAAGACACAACAAGAGGAGACCGGAGAGGAAGAGCAUGGAGGUGCUGACCGUCACUGAUGGAGGGUCUCCUGUGCCCGUCAGACGAGCCUUAGACCUGUCCAAUCACGGGCAGAGGUCGAGGUCUAUCAGUGGUGCAUCUUCAUGUCUCUCUACCAGCCCUCUCAGCAGUCCAAGGGUGACGCCGCACGGCUCGCCGCGCGCCAGCCCGCUGCCCACGCCCAAGGGCACGCCCGUGCACACGCCCAAAGAGAGCCCGGCGGGCACACCCAGCCCCACCCCGCCGCCCAGCCCCUCACUGGGCGGGCAGCCCUGGAGGACACGCCUCAACUCCAUCAAGAACAGCUUCAUGGGAUCGCCACGUUUCCACCGCAGGAAAAUGCAGGUUCCCACCCAAGAGGAUAUGUCCAGCCUGACACCAGACUCAUCUCCAGAGCUGGCUAAGAAGUCGUGGUUCGGUAACUUCAUCAGCCUGGAGAAGGAGGAGCAGAUCUUCGUGGUGAUCAGAGACAAGCCCUUGAGCUCCAUCAAAGCAGACAUCGUUCAUGCCUUCCUCUCUAUCCCCAGUCUUAGCCACAGUGUGAUCUCUCAGACGAGUUUCCGGGCUGAGUAUAAGUCGUCGGCGGGGCCUGCGGUGUUCCAAAAGCCGGUGAAGUUCCAGGUGGACAUCACCUACUCCGAGAGUGGCUGCGCCCAGAAGGAGAACGGCAUCUACUCCGUCACCUUCACCCUGAUCUCAGGUCCGAGCCGGCGGUUUAAGCGGGUGGUUGAGACAAUUCAAGCACAGCUGUUAAGCAGCCAUGACCAACCGGGAGUCCAACAAAUCUCUGGUAGUCCGUUGAGUAACUUCUUUGACGUAAUUAGUCGGCUUUUUUCAGACGAGAAGCACGGUCACGGUCAGGCGCCACGCUCCCCCGGCACGCCCAGCAAGCACGGGGCUAAUGGCAGGAGGCCUGACCCAGAACCCUCUGACUCUAAGAGCCAAGCGGGCAAAGACAGGGCCCAAUCCCCCUCACCCUCACCCUCACCCUCACCCUCCCCCACUGGGACGCAGGAGCAACCUUAAGAAAGGGAAUUUAUAUUAGAGGACUAACCCCUAGAUUCCCAAAAGAAAAGAAAAGAAAAGAGUGAAAAGAAAAAGAGAAUAAAGAUAAUAAAGUUAAACCUAGGAAUAACUAGUUGGUUUGAUCUACCAACAAAACAUUUUUUUUUGUACAAUGAAAUGUCUGAAAUCUGGCGGCAAAUUUCUGUUUUAGAUGCACAGACACAGUCUAAUUUUUUCUCCUCAUUUGUUUUUUUGUUUUGUUGUUUUUCAUUUGAUCUUUUAUUCCUAUUUGUCUCCUGCACACAGUUUGGUGAUCGCUUGGCUUGUUUUCACUACCAGGAAUUAUCCAGAAAACGUAUUAAAGUUCCACUCCUGCUGUCUCAAGAGGACAAUUUGACUUAAAGGCAGGAGGUUCCAGAGGACACACACCCAUCAUAAUGCUGACACAUGUCCCCACACCGGCUCUGAGAGAAUAUACAUCCUAUGACACAAAAGUCCCCUCCCAAAUGUCCCCAUAAUGAACAAUACCAAUGUACCUCACCUUUGUCCCCAUAACGCAGCAUCAGAUACUCUCUGCUGUAUGUCUCUUUGACCAGACUAGAUGGUAUACUCUCUUCUCUCUCCUUGCCCGCUGGAUUGUGGACGACAGACGACUGGGAGAAAAGCCUUAAGACAAAUAUGUUCUUCAAGCACAUAGUCUCUCUCUCUCUGUUUCUUCUGUACCCUACAUAUAUGGACAUGUGUACAUGUGCACACACACACACACACACACACACACACAUUAUCUCACACUCACACACACACACACACACACACAGACACACACUUGGAUGUAUUAGGCUACAAGAAGCGAGAGGAUGUUAGCACAGACAUAGGAUAAGGUGGCGGGUGGGAUGGAGCCCCACAGAGACGCUGGCAGGAUUGUACUCAUCGUGUAGUCUCUUUCUGAAUGAACCAUCAGUACUCCUUCAUGGACUUGCUGUAAAUGACACGGGAUCCUAGUGGCAAAAUCUAAAUAUUGGGUCCAUGACACAGGAAUGGGGUGGGAUAAGUAAGACACAAAUAAAAUAUUAUGUUGUACAGUCUAGAUAUGUUUUUUAUUGUAUAACAAAUGUCUAGCUGUGACAUGGAUCAGACUGUGUAUUUAUUUUUAUUUGUUUUGUUUUGGUCAUUGGUGGAAGAAGUAAUUUAUUUGUCACCUUUGAUUGGUGUUAUGCAUUGAUGUUCGAUUCUCAGUUUGUUUAUUUUUUUCUAAUUCUGUAUUUAAUGUUUUUAAUAUUUUUGAAGGAAGCAUCUGCAGGAUUCAGAGAAUCAUAAUUGUGAAUAUUUUUGUAAUUUAUUUAUUUGGUUUUAAUGGUGAAUGUCUUGUCUUUCUGUUAAUAUAUAUAAAUACACACACAUUAAUUUAUUCUAUUCUUAGGUAUUUAUAGGAACAAAACGGGGUAGAUAGUUGACAAUUUGUCGUGAUAUCAGGGCAUCAUUGACCGGAGGUUUUUGGCAAAUAUUGUCUCCCAUACUUAUGGUUGAACCGAUUAACAGUAUGUGAUCAAAGACACCUGUUUUUUUUCCUUUGUCCAGUUGAGAAGAGCUUGUAUUGUAUGUUCAAUUAUUUAUGAGUAAUUUAAGAAUGUAGACUAGCAUUUUGAGGAAAGAGGUGACCCACUGAUGUCUGUCUCUGAUGUCUCUUCUUGUUGGCGUGUGCAGCUGGGGGCUGGAGGGUGUGGGACUGACACUCAAGGAGACUCGCUGUAAAUAAAUAUUUGGGAGGGGGGGGGGAUGGGGGGUUUCCACAUGGCACUUGGUGGCAGGAGACCUGCUCCUGGGUUUGAUCUUGUAAUGCUGUUUGCAUGUCCGGCGGCCAGCUUUUCUUUGCAUGAUGUUGUAACCGUUAGAUUUCCACAGACCUUGUAAUCCCAAAGCUCUCCUCUUUUUUUUUUUUAAAGAAAAAAAAGUGUCUCUUAUUUUUUUGUUUUUUGUUUGUUUACUUGUUUGUUUGUUUUGUUUAAUCUUGAUCUCAUUUCUCUGUGAUCUAUACUUCUCUGUAUUUCCCUCUCUCUCUCUGUCUCUCUCUUUCUCUCUCUCUUCUGUUCUUGCCUUUCUGUUCCUCCCCGGGCCCCACGUCCUCGUCCACCUCCUCCCUGUGCUCCUGGUGAGAUCUCAGCACUCUCCCUAGCCCUGGUGGCUGACGCAGCAUGGAGGUGGAUCCAGAAUAAAUAAAGCAAUACAGAUUGUA